GCCCUCGAGAACCUCUUUGACUCCCCGCCCGACAAAGAAGCACAAGCAGCUGCCGACGCGCAAGCAGCUGCAGACGCACAAGCAGCCGCCGACGCCGCCUUCUUCGAACGUACGAGCUCCACCCAAAAAAAACACACCAACAUCCUCCCCUCCAUCGAGCGCUCCUCCUCCCACCCCCCCAAAGUCCCCCGCAACAAGCGCCGCGCCCGCAAGAAGUCCGUCCAAUUCGCGCCCUCGCAAGCUGCCGCCCGCCACGCCGCCGAAGAAAUGGCGCACUCCGCCUUCGUCGGCCCGCGCGACUACAAGAACCUGCGCGCCUGCAUGGUCUGCGGCAUCGUGCAGACGUCCGCCAAGUUCAUGAGCGCGGGGUGCCCGAACUGCGAGGCGUUCCUCGAGCUGACGGGGUCCGGGGAUGCCAUCAAUGAGUGCACGAGCCAGGUGUUUGAUGGGCUGAUGACCGUCACGGAUACGAAGACGAGCUGGGUCGCGCGGUAUCAGCGGCUGGAGGGGUACAUUGCGGGCGUUUAUGCCGUGCAGGUGGAGGGGGUCUUGCCGGAAGAGGUGAUCGCAGCGGUGGAGGCUGCGGGCGUGAAUUAUGUGCCUCGAGAUGGUAGCGCCCAAGAGGCCAUUGCGAGGGACUAGAAAUCGCAUUGGAUUUGGCGAGGUCUUAGAAAGCACUUGGAUGGUUGGAUGGCCAUGCUGAGUGACUUCGACCACUCCUGAUCUCAGGCAGCUGAGAUAGAUUUGAGAUACUUUAGCGGGUGGUGUUUUGGAGUUCAAAAUCUGCGCCUAAAUCGGCUCUCUAGGUUGGAUAGCUGAUUUGAAGGGUAGUUUCCGACCGUGAAAGUAGGGAAGCCUAAAUCAGGACCUCUUUGCCACUCAGGGGCUCUCCAAGUGCGGUAUAGAAUAGUUUCGAAAUACAACUCUGAUUUCAAUAAC